AAGCUAUCUCUCGCGCGAGACCCACUUUCUCGUGCGGGAGGAGCUCGGCUCUGGCGUCUGGGGUCCAUAAUACCCGUAAACAAGUCGUCAUUAGCCCUAUUAAUCUUGUUAUACUGCAACGGCCAUAUUAAAACGGCAUAGUCAGACAAGAUAGUCAGCGCCUUGGAAUAUACCGCUUUUCCGAAGCGCUGACUAGCGCGUCUUAUUGUUGUGCCGUUCCCGUGGCGGGCCUAGAUCUUGUGGUGAUUCGGGGCAUACAUACAAAUCAACCAAGGCUUUGCCACUUUGUAUGCCUCCGGAAUCUCCUUCCGGACAUGCUAUGAAUUACCAAGUACGAAUAUGGAUGGAUUAAGUGUACGCGUGAAUAUGUGCCCAAGCUCUCUCUCCGUCAGUUGCUUGUAGCGUCAGUUGCUUGUAGAGCGCUGAAUAUAUAUAUCCCAUCACCGACCCCUCUUCAGCAGUUUUAUCACCACAAUACAUCAGGCACCUAGAUCUACCGCUGAUAUAUCAAGUUUGUUCUAAGAUACUACUGUUCUCAUACCAGUUUCGUUAGGUCGACCCAUAACAUUACCAUCAUGGGCGAAAGAAUUGCAGACAACCAGGGCUUUGAUUUCAUCGUCGUUGGCGGUGGAACGGCAGGAAACGCCGUUGCUGGUCGCCUGGCAGAGAACCCAAAGGUGCAAGUGUUGGUCAUAGAAGCUGGUGUUAGCAAUCCAGAGGAGAUCGAUGAUAUUACCACCCCCGCAAAGGCCUUUGAUCUCAGAGGCAGCAAAUAUGAUUGGGCUUACAAGACAACCAUGAUCAAGCGCGAUGAUUACGAACGUGUUGAGAAACCAAAUACCCGCGGCAAGGUAUUAGGAGGAAGCAGCUGUGCUAACUACUUUACCUGGAUUCCCGGCAGCAAGGCAACGUUUGAUGACUGGGAAGAGUAUGGUGGCGCGGACUGGACGUGGGAUAACUGCGUCGCAUAUCUCAGAAAAUGCGCGACUUACCAUGACGAUGAGAAGCUCUACCCGAGCGAUCUGUCGAAAGUUGGGACUGGCGGACCCCUUCAAAUCUCUCAUGCCCACCUACUGCCUGAGAUGCAACCAUUCCGUGACGCCCUUACCAAAGGUUGGACCAGCAAGGGACAUGCCCUCACCGAGGACAUCUAUUCCGGUACCAUGGCUGGCCUGACCCACUGCAUGGAUACCAUCUACAACGGCACCCGUCAAGGAAGCUUUCUUUUCCUGAAGGGCAAGCCAAAUGUCACUGUCCUCGCGUCGGUCCAAUCCAAAAAGCUCAUCAUCGACCCCACCACUAAGGUCUGCACUGGCGUCGUCGUGAUCAACCCCGAGACAGGAGACGAGAUCACUCUGAAUGCUAAGUACGAAGUCAUCGUCUCCCAAGGCGUCUUCGAGAGCCCCAAGCUCCUGAUGCUCUCUGGUAUCGGCCCUGCUGCUGAGCUCAAGAAGCACAACAUCCAUGUCAUGGUGGACAGCCCUCAUGUAGGACAGAAUCUGCUCGAUCAUCCCAUCGUGCCCUUCGUUCUGCGUUUGAAGGAUGGCUAUGGCCUUGACGACCACCUCCUCCGCGCUGGCCAGGCCCGUGAUGGGUCCGUGGAGGCCUACCGACGCAACAAGACGGGCCCACUAAGCAGCGCCCUACUUGAGAUGGUCGGUUUCCCACGCAUUGAUGAGCGACUGAACAAGUACCCCGCAUAUAGGGAUGCCAAGAAGGCCAACGGAGGCCUUGAUCCAUUCGGUCCUGGUGGCCAGCCGCACUUCGAAUUGGAUUUUGUUCCCAUGUUCUCCUCGGCGUUCCAGUGGCAUUACCCUACACCUCCUAGUGGCAGCAGCCUAACGGUAAUUGUGGACCUGCUCCGCCCCCUAUCCACGGGAGAAGUCAAGUUGAACUCGGCGGAUGCGCUCGAACAGCCCUUCAUCAACCUCAAUUUCUUCGGUAACGACCUAGAUAUCCUAGCCAUGCGCGAGGGUGUCCGCUGGACAUAUGAUGUGCUUACAAAGGGUGACGGCAUUAAGGAUAUCGUGGUCGGAGACUAUCCCUGGGAGAUGCCCAUCCAAUCCGACGAAGCCAUGAACAGGGUCGUAUUGGAAAGAUCACAGACUGGAUUCCACCCCUGUGGCACCACCCGGCUGUCCAAGAACAUCCAACAGGGUGUGGUAGAUCCCCAGCUCCGUGUUCACGGCAUCAGGAAUCUCCGUGUCGUUGACGCUUCCGUCAUCCCAAUCAUCCCCGACUGCCGUCCUCAGAACUCGGUGUAUAUGAUUGCUGAGAAGGCCGCCGACAUGAUCAAGGCCCAGUACACAAACCUCUACUGAUGACUAGACGAGUUACAUGUGGAGUGACAAGACUUGCUAUUUUGUAUUCUGAAUAAUUCUCAUUUAUGUUCCAGUACAGUCGCAAAUAUUAGAUAGAUGGGUAGAAUUGGGGGCUUUCUACAUUCAAUUGUACCAACCUACGAGUGACAUAUUCAAUUUUCCACAUGCAGGUCUCAUUUUAGCUCAGUGUCUCUACUAAAUACCAGAAUCAUUUAGUGCAGGGAUGGAGAUGGGGAAUGCUAAAUAUUACUCAAGCAUGGGAGAUCGUUAAAGUAGUGUGGCGAUGGGGUGACGAGAGCGAGGAGGUGGAUUAGAGAACCAUUUGUAGAGAAAAGGGG